AUGCUACAGAAUUUUAAGGAAAGGAGGUUAAAUGAAAGAGUUAGAGUGAGGGAUAAAUAUGAAUUUUUAGGAUUUCUUAGCUCAGGUACUUAUGGUAGAGUUUACAAAGUAAAACUUAAACAAAAAGACAAAAGUCAAGAAUCAUCAUCACCUGAAGAAAAAGAAGUUUUUCUCGCAAUCAAAAAAUUUAAACCUGAUAAGGAAGGUGAACCUAACACUUAUACCGGAAUUUCUCAAUCAGCAUGCAGAGAAAUAUCAUUAUGUCGUGAACUUCAUCAUGAAAAUGUAAUAGAAUUGAAAGAAGUUUUACUUGAAGACACAUCAAUCAAUAUGGUGCUUGAUUAUGCUGAACAUGAUUUUCUUCAAAUAAUUCAUCAUCAUUCACAAAAUGAAAGAAAACCAAUACCAGAAUUCACAGUCAAAUCUUUCUUAUGGCAAUUAUUAAAUGGUGUUGCGUAUUUGCAUGCAAAUUGGAUACUACAUAGAGAUUUAAAACCUGCAAAUAUUUUAGUUAUAGCUGAAGGUGUUGUUAAAAUUGGUGAUUUGGGAUUAGCAAGGAUAUAUAGUAGGCCUUUACAACCAUUAUAUAAUGGAGAUAAAGUAGUUGUUACAAUUUGGUAUCGAGCACCAGAAUUAUUACUUGGUUCAAAACAUUAUACUACAGCAAUUGAUAUUUGGGCUGUUGGGUGUAUAUUUGCUGAAUUAUUGACUUUAAGACCUAUAUUUAAAGGUGAAGAGGCAAAAAUGGAUAGUAAGAAAAAUGUUCCAUUCCAAAAAAAUCAAUUAAUUAAAAUAUUUGAUGUAUUAGGAACACCUACAAAGGAUCAAUGGCCUACAAUUGAUCAACAACCAGAAUAUCAUAAUAUACUCAGCAUGAAACAAACUGAUAAUCGGUUAAAAAGUUUUUAUCAAAAUUCACGUUCAUCACCUUCUGAAGCAGGUUUUGAUCUUUUAGCUAAAAUGUUGGAAUAUGAUCCUACAAGAAGAAUUAAUGCUGAAGAUGCUUUAAACCAUCCUUAUUUUUCAGAAGAGCCAUUGCCUUCUAUGGAAUCUUUUAAAGGCCAACCAUUUCAAUAUCCACUAAGAACUUUGAAACAAGAUGAUUCUGAUGUCAAGGUUGUACAACCAGUACCUGGAACAGUUGUUCAAAGUCAACAGCAGCAGCAACUACAACAAUCAGGGACAUCUUCUCAAGGUGCAAUAGCAGUGAAAAAACAUAAUCAGAAUGGAAAAGAAGAAGGAAGACCUGUUAAGAGAAGAG